AUGUUAUCUAAUAUUGAUGAAACAUUUUUAUUAAAUUUAAAAAAUGAAUUUAAUUCAAAUUCAUCAUCAACAUUUGUUUCUUCUGAGCUUUUACCCAGUUAUUCACCAAUUGAGACGCUUACUUCCGAACUUGAUUGUUUACCGAAUUUAUCUCAAGAUCUUUCAAUUCAAUCAUCAAUACCAACUCAUUUUGAUAUGACAAAUCCAAAUGAUUGGGUUCUUGCUUAUUCACUUAUUAAAAAUUCUGUUGUUCAAAUUGAACGUACAACUAAUGAUGAUCUAUUACGUUUAACAAAUAAUAAUCGUAAUAAACUUUUAAGAAAUUCUCCAAUAUCAAGUAUAAAUUUUGAUGAUAUGCCACGAGUACGUGGACCAAAAUCUACUCGUUUUACUUGUCCCAUAUGUGGUUUAAUAACUGUAUCAAUGGAACGUUUACAAAGACAUGUUAAUCAACAUGGACAAAAACUUCAUUUAGAAACAUAUAAACCAGAACGAAAAGUAUCGUCAUUAAUAUGUGAAAAAUGUAAAGCAACAUUUUCAUCUGCUUAUGCUCUAAGAAAACAUCAACGUGUACACACAAGAGAUAAACCAUUUUCGUGUGAUUUUUGUGGUUCAAAAUUUUCACAGUGGGGAAAUUUACGACAUCAUAUUCAACGACAUUUAGGUAUUAGCCCUUAUGCAUGUCCAUAUUGUAAGAAGACAUUUAUUGCACCAUGUAAACUUGAAGUUCAUAUUCGUGGUCAUCUUGAUGAACGACCAUAUGUUUGUGAUCGAUGUCAAGCAACAUUUAGAUGUAAUGAUGAUUUACGUAAACAUUUAAUAAUUCAUGCUGAUUAUAAACCAUUUGUUUGUUGGAUAUGUUCAAAACCAUUUUUUCAUGCAUCAAAAUUACGUAUGCAUUUAAAAGAAAAACAUGAUACUGAUGUAAUUAUAAGAAAAAAAGAUGUAUUAGAAUCUGGUACAGAAUAUGAAAUAACAUUUGUUAAUUCUGAUGAACGAACAAAAGAAAUUUUACCAUCUAUAGAAACAUUAUCAACAAAUGAUGAACAAUCAUCAACAUUUUAUGAAACAAUACUUAAUUCUAAUGGAAUUGAAGCACGAAAAAUAACAUUAGUUGAUGAAACAUGUGAUGAACCAGUAACUAAUUAUCAAUUAUUGAAUGAAUUAACUGUUAAUGAUAUUGAAACAUUUGUAAAAAACAAUCCAUUUGUUUUAUCUGAUAAUGAAUUAAGAACUUGUAGUUCAGCAGGAGGAGGAGGAGGACAUCAUCAACAUUUUGAUGAUUUAAAAUUAAUUGAUUUUCCUGUUAUGUGA